CGUACCUCCUUCUUCAGGAAUCCCCCCGGCAAAGCCAAGCCAAGCCUUCAAGAUGUUCAGAAAGAGAGAGAAACUCAUACUUACCUUACCAAAGAAGCAGUCAAGGAGAAAGUCCAGAUGUACAAUGCAGAUGUUACUGACAAGCUAAAGAUGACACUGAAUUCCAAUGGAGUAUACACUGGCUUCAUCAAAGUUCAGAUGGAACUCUGCAGACCUAUCACAGUACAGGCUUCUAUGAAUGCUGGGAAUCAUGUCAACAACAACAACAAUGAGACUUUUUAUUUGCCUAAUGGCUAUGUGAAUACUCUUCAUAUCAGCAGCACAAAUACUGUCCGUGAAGUUAUUGAAGCCCUGCUGAAAAAGUUUCUGGUGGCUGAUAAUCCUGCCAAGUUUGCGCUUUACAAACGUUGUCACAAGGAAGAUCAAGUUUAUAUGUGCAAACUCUCAGAAACCGAACAUCCACUCUAUCUGCGUUUGGUGGCAGGCCCGAGAACAGACAUGCUUAGUUUUGUUCUGCGUGAGCAUGAAACUGGAGAGGUUUUGUGGGAAGCCUUCAGCCUUCCUGAACUACAGAAUUUCUUACGUAUACUGGACAAGGAAGAAGAUGAGCAGUUACAGAUAUUAAAAAGACGCUAUGCAGCAUACAGAGACAAACUUGAAGAAGCCCUUGGUGGGGUUUGGAAACCGGGUUAAAAUGGAGCCAAAACACUCAGGAAAAAAGAUAUGCAUUAUCAGCUAUUAAGUAGCAUGCCAAACCUAGUAUCCAAAACAAGAGUAGAUGACAGAUUAUUGAUUGUAUAAAUUGUAUUCUUUACAUCUUGCAUGUAGAAGCAAAGGAGAACUGCAGUAUUUGUAGACUUCUUCUGUGAUUUCUUCUAGAGUCUAUUUUUCUGAUUGUGCAUUCAUGCUGGUUGUGAUUGUGUGAUUAAUCUACUCUUACAGACAUUAACAAGAGGCAUUCUUUGCUUUAAUGCUUGUAGCUUUUGAAACAAAAGGAUGUGCAAAUUUUAAUUUCAUUCUAAGUCCAAAUUCAAUUUUGAGUAAGAAUUAGUACACUGAUAUCAAAAUUGGUUUGCACUGCCUUUCCUCAAAUAUUUCCCUGAAAUAUUGAAAACCAAGUUAUUGUUAUAUUAAAAAUAUGUUUCAAACGUUGUAUAGAAGAUGUGUUCAGGCAGUAGAAGGGGAAGUGAAUGUUGAAUGAAUUGUUAGAGAUAGAGAAGAAAAGGAUGUUGAAAUGGAAAGGACAAAAGGGAUAUUCUGCAAGUCAGUGCAUUGAAAAGGACGGUUUAGUGUUUAUGAUUAGUAUUAUUGAAAUUAAUAUAGUCAAUACUAUUAUUGUGGGAGAAUUUAAUACAUAUAGCAGAAAUCAAGCUUCAGUGCACAUCAGGCACAUUCUUAACAUGUGCUUUGUGAUAUGCUUAAACACCUAGUUGAUUUACUUGAGUGAAAAUCUCUGAUAGAACUUUUGUAAUUGAUGGAAUGUGUAAAAUUGUAAUCAUACUGGUCUCCAUGUGAAUUUUUAUUACUUAAAGAGGUAAAAUUGUAAUCCUAUUAUCUUUUAUUUUAAAGUUUUAAAAAAGAUAAAAUUCAUCCUUAUGAAACAGGAUAGAUCUAGCAAUUAUAUAAUCAUUACCUCAUGCUGUGUACAAGCAACUUGAGUUAUGUGCAUUUUCAGGUUCUGUCUUAAAAUAUUGAGGUUUCAAAAGGUGCCUUGGAUUCUGUAUGCUGCUUAACUACAUGCAAGGUGUAUUGCAUUUGACUGACUGUAUAUUUUCCAGAAAUAUUUUCUCAGAACGCUGUAUUGUAAAUGAAACCAAAGAAAUGGGUGUGCAAUACAAAAGUUAAUAUUAAUGUAUAACAAGUCUUGCUUUAAAUUUUAUAUUUGCAGCCACCCAGGGAAAAACUGUUGAUGGAGUAAUAUUUAAUUGAUAUAAAGAAGCAUGGCCAGCAGUCAUUUUCCCCUCUAAUAUUUGGGCAUUAAUUUUGAACUUUCUGUAAAAUAUCUGCCAUUGUGGUGACAUCUGGUGGGUAUUAUAUGCAACACCAGUAUGUAUGUUCUCUUAAAGAGCGCCUUCUUCUUAAACUUUGGCUGCUUUCUAUCCUUCAAAAAUAUUAAGCUCUGGAGUUUGGGUUUUUUUUUAGAUUUGCCAAGACAAUCUUGAUAUAUUUAAAGUGUUAACAGCAAAUUUAGAAGUAGAAUUAAUUAUCGAAUAAUCAGCGACAUAUCUUGUUUGGAUUUUUAUUUCACCUGUAAUAUUAUAAUAUUUUGCGUGUGCCUUUAUUUUAUUGGAAGACAGAAUCAAAGUCACACAAGUUAAUAGUGGCAUGCAGGAUAUGUUUGACAUUGGUUAGAUUUUUCUACAUCAGUGCAUCAGCUUAGGUUCUACUGUCAUUUUGUGAUAGCUACUCGAAAGCCAUUUGCCUUGUGCUGAUAAUAUAGUAAAACAGAAGUCUUUUUUACUCCCAAUUUUGCCCAGUGGCAUGCAAAGAGUGCUCUCUCUUGUCUAGAAAUAUACUGACCAAAACCUUUAGGAUAGUAAGUCACUGUGAGAGGAAGCCUGUUUGAAUCAAUGAAACUUACAAAGGAGUCAAAUCACCAAAUCCCCACUCAUUCAUUCCGCCUACACCAAGUAACAGGAUUUUGACCAUUGCUAUUGGGCAGAGAAAGCAUGUUUUACAUGCACCUGAGCAGUGUCCAUGGCAUCAGACAUUACUUCUGUGUAAAGUGUUGCCAGAGUAAGAGGCUUUUCUGCUACAGCCAAGCUGAAAAUUGUCAGGUGAGCUCUCACCUAAGGAGUUCAGCUGACAUAUACUACUUCCUUCUUUUUCUUUUGUAACUGUGUUCAUUUUUACUCACUCAGUCCCACAGCUGAUUCUAUUUCAUUGUUAAGUGCCACUUUUCAGACAGGAAGCAUUACUCUCCUGUUUCUCCCUCUUUAUUAAUAUAUAUUCUGAAGCCAUAUCAGAGUAAGGGCAGGAACAGAAAGAAUUGUGGGUACGCAUAUGCAUCCUUUGCUACAAUAGGCAGACAUACCACCUUUAGGAGAGGACUUGAGUAUUUCAGCUUGGUUUUUCCCCCUAUGGUCUGCUAAUGGGAGUAGCUGAUUAAACUUUACAUUAGACCUAAUGCAUUUAAUUAGAUCAAUAUUGUUUCAAACUUGUAAGUUUGGAUGUUGUUGCUCAGAUUUAAAUACUGUAUUUGAAUUUAGAAGUGGCAAUGUACAAAUAUGUGAAUUUUAUUUCUAUUUUACUUGAACUUUGUGUUUCUUUGUGUCCCAGAUUUUAUCUUGGUGGAUUUCUGCACUACAGUUUUGUGUAAGAAAAACAGCUGUUGGUCUAAACAUUCUUAACAUAUUGAUUACUGCAGCUGUUUUAAAUAUAUAUAUAAAAUUUUAAAAAAUAGGUCAUUUGUGACCCAAAGGUUUCUUUUGUGAUGUGACAUUUGUUUUUGUGUCAGAUCUGUUAAAGAUGUUGCAAAACAUAUCUUUUGACUACUUGUUUGUACCCAGAUGAAGAAAAAGUGAGGGGGCAAUGCAGGAAACACUGACAUUAUAAUGUUUUAAAGAAAUUGUACUAUUUAUUAUUUUGAAAAUCUUUUUAUGGGGAAGCUUUAGUUUCUUUUAAAGUUGUUACUAAAUUAGCAAGUGCUGUUCAAGCAUUAAAGCUGACAUUGACACUGGCA